UCUUUGUGGGAAACUCGAGUUCGCUCGAGCUUGCCCUGGAGACGCGCCACGCCCCCUCCCCUAUCUGAGCCGGACAGGGAGCCGGGGUGGAAACUGCGCCCGCAUCCCAGCGCCAAGCAGACGUGGACUCUGCGCCCGUUCCCCGGGACCUUCAGCGUUAAGGAGAACUCCGAGGAGAGCAGGGGGAGUGGAGGGGAACGGCGGCGACAAAGCGGAUUUGAAACUAGGAGUCAAGGAGGACGUGGGGAGCUGGCGCCACAGGAACUACCGAGGCGGCGGCCGGGGGAGCCUCGCGGCCUGCGGGAGCGCCCGGCGGUCAUGGGCGAGCCGGCGGUGGGGCGCCCGGGAGCUGGCUGAGCGCCGGGGCCCUUAUUUCCCCGGGGUGUGGGCGAGACUCCGCCGACGCCCGGUGCCGUGGGCCUGGGGGCUGCCCCCGGAGGCCCGGCCAUGGCUGGCCGGGGUUUCAGCUGGGGCCCGGGCCACCUGAACGAGGACAACGCGCGCUUUCUGCUGCUGGCCGCGCUCAUCGUGCUCUACCUGCUGGGCGGCGCCGCCGUCUUCUCCGCGCUGGAGCUGGCGCACGAGCGCCAGGCCAAGCAGCGCUGGGAGGAGCGCCUGGCCAACUUCAGCCGCGGCCACAACCUGAGCCGCGACGAGCUGCGCGGCUUCCUCCGCCACUACGAGGAGGCCACUCGGGCCGGCAUCCGCGUGGACAACGUCCGCCCGCGCUGGGACUUCACCGGCGCCUUCUACUUCGUGGGCACCGUCGUUUCCACCAUAGGGUUUGGGAUGACAACUCCGGCGACAGUAGGAGGAAAAAUCUUUCUGAUCUUUUACGGCCUUGUUGGGUGUUCCAGCACCAUCUUGUUCUUUAACCUCUUCCUGGAGCGCCUGAUCACCAUCAUCGCCUACAUCAUGAAGUCGUGCCACCAGCGGCAGCUCCGGAGACGAGGGGCCCUGCCCCAGGAGAGCCUGAAGGAUGCGGGGCAGUGUGAGGGGGACAGCCUGGCCGGCUGGAAGCCCUCCGUGUACUACGUCAUGCUGAUCCUAUGCACAGCCUCCAUCCUCAUCUCUUGCUGUGCCUCAGCCAUGUACACCCCCAUUGAAGGCUGGAGCUACUUUGACUCACUCUACUUCUGUUUCGUGGCUUUCAGCACCAUUGGCUUUGGGGACCUGGUCAGCAGCCAGAACGCCCACUAUGAGAGCCAAGGCCUCUAUCGCUUUGCCAACUUCGUCUUCAUCCUCAUGGGUGUCUGCUGCAUCUACUCCUUGUUCAAUGUCAUCUCUAUCCUCAUCAAACAGUCCUUGAACUGGAUCCUGAGGAAAAUGGACAGCGGGUGCUGCCCGCAAUGCCAGAGAGGACUCUUGCGAUCACGCAGGAACGUGGUGAUGCCAGGCAGCGUCCGGAACCGCUGCAACAUCUCCAUAGAGACAGACGGGGUGGCAGAGAGUGACACGGACGGGCGCCGGCUCUCAGGGGAGAUGAUCUCCAUGAAGGACUUGCUGGCAGCCAACAAGGCCUCGUUGGCCAUCCUGCAGAAGCAACUGUCUGAGAUGGCCAACGGCUGCCCCCACCAGACCAGCACACUGGCCCGGGACAAUGAAUUCUCAGGGGGGGUGGGAGCCUUUGCAAUCAUGAACAACAGGUUGGCAGAGACCAGUGGGGACAGGUAGAAGCCAGGAGUGGAUGCUGGGCAGAGGCCAGAGUAGAAUGGAGGAUGAUUGCCACCCAGGGGACGAGCUCAGCGCUGCGCCUUGGCUCUGUUCCUUCUGGGAGCUGUUCCCGGGAGCCUCCGCAAGCAUCUUUAGAAAUCUGAUCUCGGCUCCAACCAACAGCCACCUUCCAGGGAUGGGGGGCCUGAAGCCUCAAUGCUUGUCUCCUGAUCCUUAUUAAGUCUAAAUUCAGUCUUUUCAAAACAAAUCACAAAAGCAGCAUUAGACAUUGCCUUGUUUCUUUAAUCUUGUUUCAGAGCUUUAGCUGCCUGAGGAGAUAGGUUUUCCUUAAGCCUUGAUUUCCUGAAGCUCUCUCUGUUCCUUAUUUGGGAACAAAAAUUGCGAAGACUCAUCUUUCCCUAGAACUCUGAAUGGAUGAAUUUUUAAAAGUGGGGAGAAUGGGGAUGUGUCUGGGCUUUCUUUUUGCCAGGCUCCCUUCAAAGCAUACCUGCCAGUGGUGUCUGCAUAGGGAAAAUGUCUGUUGUACUCUUUAUACCUGUUUCUGUUUUUUGUUGUCCCUUUCUUUUUAUUUUUAAGGCCUUAAUGCCUGGCUGUGGCGUCUGUGAGACCUCAAUGUAAUAAGAAAAUUAAAUUCAGCUUCAGGCCUUUAAACUGCAACAAGAUGGUGGUGUAGGGGUGUGGGACGGGGAGAGACUCACUUUUGUAACUAAAGAACAUAGCUUAACAUUUUCCCUUUGAAUGGUCACACAGACCAUUUCAUUUUUACCAGGGCUUGGGGACCCAAUGCAAAGAUGAUGACUAUUUAUUAAAACGGAAAAUUUAAUAAAUACUCAUUUUAUUAACUAA